UCUCCCAGCCCCCGCCCCCGGCCCGCCCCGCUCCCGCCCCUCCGCCGCAGCCGCCGCGGCUCCGGGCCUGGGCAGGCGGCGGCGGCGCCGCGCCGGGCGGGCGGGGGGCCAUGCUGGGCAAGGACUACAUGCUGGCCAUCGUCCUGGUCAACUGCGACGACAACCUCUGGAGCGACCAGAGCCUGGAGACAGACCCUGACCUUCCCCCAGGCUGGAGGAAAAUCUGUGACUCUCUGGGUACCUAUUACUGGCAUGUGCCAACAGGCACGACACAGUGGCAGCACCCUGCACGCAGCACCGGCCCAGGAGGGCACACGGAGGCUGAUGGAGAUGAGACACUCCAGGGAAGGGAAUGCCAGGGCCCUGCAGGGAAGCACUCGGCGAAGGACCGGCCCAUUCCCAGCCCCAUGGCCUCGCUGUCCCGGAGGCACUCACUGUCCUGGCAUGGGGAUGACUUCCAGCACGGCGCAGAGCCCGGCUCCAAGUGCUUUGCUGUGCGCUCUCUGGGCUGGGUGGAGAUCCCCGAGGAGGACCUGGCACCUGGCAAGAGCAGCAUCGCCGUCAACAACUGCAUCCAGCAGCUCUCCAACAGCAAGGGCCAGGGCUCUGCGGAGGGCCAGGGCGAGGGCCAGGACCUAGUGAUGAUUCUGAAGAAGGACACCAUGAGCCUGGUGGACCCCCUGGACCGCAGCCUCAUCCACCGCCAGCCCAUCCUCAACAUCCGUGUCUGGGGCGUUGGCUGCAACAACGGCAGGCAGGGGGCUGCCUCUGUCGGGGUCUCACUGGCUUGCUCGUGGCCUUGCAGAGACUUCGCCUUCGUGGCCAGUGACAAGGACACCUGUGUCCUCAAGUGUCACGUCUUCCACUGCAAUGUGCCUGCCAAGGGCAUCGCCAAGGCUCUGCAUGAGAUGUGCUCCAAGAUCGUGGCCGAGCGAGCUGUAGCGAGCAGCAGGCUGCCCCGCGCUGCCACGCUGGAGCCCAUCUCCGCCGAGGACCUGCCACUGCAAGUGGAUAUCCUAGAGGCGGUGAGGCAGUCGAUGCAGACCUACGAGGCGCUGUACAUCGGCAGCCUGCCCGUGCCCAGGGCCAUGGGGAUGGAUGUGUUGAACGAGGCCAUCGAGAAGCUGACGAGCCGCCCUGGGCGCGAGAACUGGACGCCGUCCCUCAUCUACGUGUCGGACACGGCCAUGAGGGUGCACCCGGCGCAGGAGCCCGAGGAGGCGGCGCACAUCUGGGAGUGCCAGGUGCGGUACGUGACCUUCCUGGGCGUGGGCCGGGACGCGCACACCUUCGCGCUCAUCGUGGACACGGGGCGACGCUUCCAGUGCGCGGCCUUCUGGUGCGAGCCGGACGCGGGCACCAUCUCGGAGGCGGUGCAGGCCGCCUGCAUGGUGCAGUACCAGAAGUGCCUGGUGGCCGCCGCGCCGGGGGCCAAGGCGAAGAGCGCGGCGGGCCGGGGCCGGGCCGGGCCGGCGGCCGCGGGGGACGCUGCCCGCGGGGCGGCCAAGGCGGGGGGCGGCGGCGGCGGGGCGGGGCCCGGGGCCCGCAAGCGGGGACUCUUCUCCUUCCUGGAGGUGUUCCGCCUCCGCCGGGCCCUCCUGCACAGCCCCUAG